AUGCUCUGGAGACCAGAGAGAUGUGAGAUUGAAGGAUGUAAAGGCACAGAACUAUCACUUUGUGGUGGAUGUAAAGUCGUAAAGUAUUGCUCAAGAGAUCAUCAGGUUGCAGGAUGGGCAGAGCAUAGUAAGGACUGUGCAGCAUUCAAGAAGCAUGGUAUUUGGGCAAAGUUCACAAGGGAUGAGGACCAGUUGGCAGUGAACCCUAUUGGUGACUUGGUGCUCAAGACCAACAGUGAUAAGAUAUGUGGUGUCUGUGGCAAGGCCCCAACUGCCAAGUACCCUCUCAAGAAGACUGUGUGCUGUGACAACUGGAUCUGUGACGACGAUGACAAGGUUUACAAGAUGUUCUCAUACUCUCGUGGCUCAUGCACCAGAGCACACGCUCAUUACACAAUCUGUGGAGUAAUGGAGCAUGACCAUGAUAAGAAGGACUGGAGAGUAUGCAAGACAUGUAAAGAGGAUGUUGCAGAUAACCUUUGGAAUGGACUCAACGGCUACAACUUCAUGCCAAUGUUGGAGGUGCCCUAUAUGAAAUUCACAAAGACAUGUGGAAGAUGUGGAACAUCGAUCCUUCCACACGUCGAACCAAUCAGCGAGACCUUAGAGAAAGGAAAGAUAUUGCACCUGUGCGCCAAAUGUACAAAGUAA